AUGGCCAACAUCAAUAUUCGCCGGGAUGUCACCGAUCCCUUCUACCGCUACAAGAUGGAGCGUCUCCAGUCCAAGAUUGAGGGCAAAGGCAACGGUAUCAAGACCGUCAUCGUCAAUCUGAGCAGCGUCGCCAACUCUCUGGCUCGCCCCCCUUCCUAUGUCAUCAAGUACUUCGGCUUCGAGCUCGGCGCCCAAACAAACACCAACCCUGCCGACGAUCGUUGGAUCAUUAAUGGCGCUCACGAGGCGUCCAAGCUUCAGGACUAUCUCGACGGCUUCAUCUCCAAAUUCGUUCUCUGCAAGAAGUGCAAAAACCCAGAGACAACUGUCCACAUCAAGGAUGGUCGUAUCACGCUCGACUGCAAGGCCUGUGGCGAACGCUCCGAUGUUGACUUGCGUCUAAAACUCAGCUCGUUCAUUCUCAAGAACCAGCCCAAGAAGGGCAAGAAAGACAAGUCAACUAAGAAAGCUGAACGCAAGGCUAAGAGAGAGGCUGAAGCCGCCGCUAACGGAGACGAUGAUGACCAUUCCCGUGAUGGAAGUCCCAACGGUGGCAGCGGGUCGGACCAUGCUGAAGAAAACGGUGACCUGGAGAUUGCGGCUGGAAGUGAUGACGAGCUCACACGCCGUAUCAACGCCGAAGCCAAGGAUAUCGAUGCAAUCGACGCCAAGGAAGUUGAGUGGACCGUUGAUAUGUCUGAGGAGGCUGUCAGGGCUCGUGCCCAGGAGGCUCCGGCCGACAUGAGGCGUCUCAACCUUGGCGACGAUGAAGAAGACGGCGAAGGGGAGGCCAACGCCUAUGAACAGCUCGGCUCCUGGGUUCUGAAGACUGCCGAGGAGAAAGGCGGCGUUUCCAAAGUUGAGGACGUCGAGAUCUAUCUCCGCGCCAAAGAACUCGGCAUCGAGACAAAGCACAGGACACUCACUGUGCUUGCCCAGUCCAUCUUCGAUGACAGCAUUGUCAAGCAGAUCGACUCUCGCGCUGGAAUGCUUAAGAAGAUGAUCACUUCCGAGAAGCAUGAAAAAGCUUUUCUUGGCGGCACCGAGCGCUUCGUUGGCAAUGAGAAGCCCAACCUCAUCCCUCUGGUCUCGCCUAUCCUCGUAAAGUACUACCAGCACGACCUCGUCUCGGAUGACGUUCUCAAGGCCUGGGGCUCCAAGGCCAGCAAGAAGUAUGUCGACCUCGCCACCAGCAAGAAGGUCCGCAAGUCUGCCGAGAAGUUCAUCGAAUGGCUCGAGACGGCUGAGAGCGAGGAUGAAUCGGACGAUGAGUGA